GCGACUGUUUAUUAUUAAUAUGGCAUACCGAAAGAAGAAAUACGAUCUAACUAAUGAAAAGGAUUGUGAGGAGCUGAGAAAUCUACUUCUUUUAGAGGAAAGUGAAGGAAGUAAUUAUGAAAGAGAUGAAAUAGAGCACGAGGAAAGCGAUACCGAUGCAUCUGUUUCUGCUAAAGAAAGAGGAGAAGAUUCGGAAACAGAUCAAAGUGAUGUCAGUGAGACUGAAGAAGAUGAAGAUGAAGGUGAUGAAUCACAUUUUGUUGCCGUUCAAAAGAAGAACAAAAAAAUCGUUAAUGAAUGGAAAUGGAAAAAAACUCCUAUGUCACAAAGAAAACGAGCUCCCCGUCAGAACAUUAUUAUUCAUUUACCCGGAGUAAUAGGUGAAGCCAGAAAACCUGGUGGAAUUUAUGAAACAUGGAAUUUAUUAAUAAAUGAUAAUAUACUGCAAAAAAUUACUCAAUAUACCAAUCAGUAUAUUGUAUUAAUUCAAACCAAAUUCGCCAGACUUAGAGAUGCUCAAAAGACAGAUAUUACUGAAAUUAAAGCAUUUAUUGGUUUAGUCUAUUUAGCUGGGGUCUAUCACGCAAAUCGGUUAAAUUUAAAAGAGCUAUGGUCGACUGAAGGGAUUGAAAGAUUUAGAAGGACAAUGAGUCUGAAACGAUUUCAUUUUAUAAUGCGUUCCAUAAGAUUUGAUGACAGGGAAACUAGAGAAGAAAGAAAGCAUGUUGACCGUUUAGCACCAAUAAGAGGUAUAUUUGAAGAAUUUGUAAAGAACUGCAAAAAAUCAUACUCUUUAAGCGAAAACAUCACGAUCGAUGAAAAAUUAGAGGCGUUUAGGGGACGAUGUGACUUAGUACCAAUUAAAGAUAAGGUGUAUGAAUUUUUAAAUCUAUUUGUGCAAAUUACCGAUUUAUUGUUACAAGUACAUUUUACAGAGUGCGAUUUAGGUAAACUUGAUAAUUUAACAGAAAGGCAUCAUUAG